GACAAAAAAUGGAACACACCAGCAGUGUGAGGAGACCUGAAAGUGGCACAUGGCAUGGCAGAGUGUGGCGAUGGAGACAGCAGCAAUGGGAGGCCGUACAGGGACCCAUGAGAGACUCUGGACUUGGCAGCAGCAUGAGGAGGCGGUAUAGGGGCCCAUGGCAGAUUAGGGGCCUGGCAGCAGCUAUGGGAGGCCCGUAAUCUGCCAGCACCCUAUGUCAAAAAAUUGAACACACCAGCAGUGUGAGGAGACCUGAAAGUGGCACAUGGCAUGAGACACUGUGGACCUGGCCCAGCAGCAUGAGGAGGCGGUACAGGGGCCCAUGGCAGAUUAGGGGCCUGGCAGCAGCUAUG